UGGGUGACGUCACGGUUCGUUCGCGGCACGUGGUCCGCUGCCGACGUGGCUCGCGCCUGGGCGGAAAGAGCAACAGCGCUGCGAGAGCGACACCGAACACCAUGUCACAAGAGGACGUAGCGGCAGAAGUGGGAGACACGUCCACACAUCCCGACCCUCCUCUCUUCGAGACGUCUUCAGAUAAACAGACCCCCAAAUCUGCACCUGAAACUAAUACAGAUGAGCCACCAUCUGCUCCCCCGCUGUCACUGGCCGCACCAGAGCCAGAAGCAACCGGUGAAGAUGUGGAGAAGCAUGAUUUAGCCACUCAGCCUGAAGAUCCUACACAGGGCCAGUCAGCAGAAAGCACCGGGGAUCACAUGAUGGAAUGUGGCGAAUCAGUGAGCUUGGAGCCAGAUGUUCCUGCUGAAGCUGAGGAAGAGACCUCAGACUCGCAGUCUAAAGGUUGGGGUGGAUGGAGCUCCUGGGGCAAAUCUUUACUGACCAGCGCCACAUCUACAGUAGGUCAGGGGUUAAACACGGUGCGGGAGAAAGCGGGCGUGGCCUUGCGGAUCCGUCAGCCGUCUUCAUGCGAAGAAGCUCUGGAUGCUGAAGAACUUCAAGAGGCGGAGUCCACAGAACCGGAUCAGACUGAUCAGAUGGACGAAUCAGAAGCCCAGUCUAGUGAUGCACACAAAGGAGUGCUGUCCACCAUCACCAGCGCCGUGCAGAACACUGGUAAGUCUGUCCUGACUGGAGGCCUGGAUGCACUGGAGUUCAUUGGGAAGAAGACGAUGAUCGUGUUGGCAGAGAGUGACCCUGGCUUUAAGAAGACCAAAACACUCAUGCAGAGAACUGUCUCCCUCUCCCAGAUGCUGAAGGAAGCCAAAGAGAAGGAGCGUGAGAAGCUGAGCAGUCAGAUGGUAUCAGAACCCACGGCUCACUACAGCAUCCUGUUUGAUGAUUACCAAGGUCUGUCCCACCUGGAAGCGCUGGAGAUACUGUCCAACGAGAGCGAGGGGAGGGUUCAGGCCGCUCUCGCCUCCUUGGAGGAAGAGCAGUUGGAGCUUGUGAAGAAGGAGCUGAUUGCGAUUAAGGACAUCUUCAUCGCCAGGGAGGAAGAGGAGGAUGAAACGGGUGCAGAAGAAAACGGUGAUCUUUAUUCCCAAAUUCGCUCUUUCAGCCCUCUCCCUGCUGACGGAGAAGAGUUUGUCAGCGUUCUCACUGAGCUGCUCUUUGAGCUACACGUUGCUGCUACACCAGACAAGCUGAACAAGGCACGCGUGAAGGCCUACGAUUGGGUGAAAGAGGUGGAGGAGCCCAUCUCUGCAGACGUUACUAAGGAGGCAACCGAGGAAGCGAGUGAAGAUGGCUCUGCCCCUUCCCUCACCCCGGGACGAGAAGAAGAAAAAGGAGACGAGAACAAAGCGAGUGAGAAAGAACUGGAGAAGGAAAAGGCAGAAACCAGGCCCACUAACAAACUGGAGAGUGUGUUUCUGUCCUCAGUAGGCAGUCUUGCAGAGGUGACGGCUCGUAGUAUCGAGCAGCUCCAUAAAGUGGCUGAGCUGAUUCUGCAUGGACAGGAAGUGGAGAAGCCAGCAGUCCAGCAGGCCAAAAUACUCUCCAGGUUGACCUGUGCUAUGUGUAAGGAGGUGGGCUGUCUAGCGCGCAGGUUCUCCGAUACACUUCUGAGUGCAGGGAGUCAGAAAAAAGCCGAAGAAUUGAACCCCAUGGUGAACAGCGUGAUGCUUGAGGGCUCCAACAGCACUACAUACAUCCAGAACGCUUUCCAGCUGCUGCUUCCUGUUCUACAAAUCUCCCACCUCCAGAACAGCAGAACCCCGGCUGAAUCAGAACCAGUAACACCUUCCACAGACUAAACUCAUCCUGUAUCCUGUAUGUGUGUUAUGUUUGUAACUAUAUAUUUGUGUAUGUAUGUGUGUGUGUGUUUGUAUAAUGUGUUAAUAUAUAUAUGUAUAUGUGUGUGUGUGUGUAUGUAUGUUGCUUUUCUCUCUAAUCUUCUGCCAAAAGUGCAUUUUGCUGCAAGGCUGAACACGUGCCUGAACACAUGCAUGUAUAGCAGAGCAGUAUAUAUAUAUAUAUAUAUAUAUAUAUAUAUAUAUAUAUACACAUGCCUACGAGAAAUAAUUUAGAAAAUAACACUGAUUAUAAUUUAUUUAGGAGGAUUCGUUAGUGUGCCAAUCCUGAUAAUAUUAGCUUUAAAUGUUUUCUCUUACUGUGCGAAGAAAUGCAAACACUAGUGACUGAUUGUAUUAUAUUAUAGUGUAACAAAUAUUUUGAGCUUUUCUUUACUUUGCCAUAUUUUUCGCACUAUAAGGCGCAGUGGAUUAGCUAAAUAAACAUCUAUUUUCUGGUCUAAUUUUAUACAUAAGGCGCACCGGAUUAUAAGGCAUAUUAUGUGACACUAGUAAGGUACAGGGGUGUCGCCAUGUUUUCUUUUUAAUAUAGCAGGUCUCGCUGCUGGGGGAAAAAAAUGCUGGAUGUUAAUCUACACAGAUUUCUGUCUUGAAAACUGUUUAUUUGGGUGAGUAAAGCGCUUCAGUUUAUUUACAGUAAGCUUAGAUUUCCAGAUUUCCACCAAGGCUGGGUGCAGCAGCAUUAGCAUUAGCUGCUAACCGCUAGUGCUAGUGGGACGAUAAUGUCGACUGUCAGCCCUACAUUGAGGAACCCUGAGUGUUCCAGUAAGCCAGGGCGAUAUCAGCUUGUUUUAACAUAGUAAACACGCAGGCGGCAGUCCGAUAUAAUCUUAUGCACGGUUAGCGGCUAAUGCUAAUACUGCUCCAGUCUCAGUGCUGGAUAACUAAACUAGAGUGGCUUUACUGCUCCUUAAUACCUGACUGGUAAAAUUUAGAGUUUAAGGCACACUGACGAUUUUUGGGAAAAUGAAAGGAUUUUAACUGCGCCUAAUAGUGCAAAAAAUACAAUAUAAUUCCUUUAAAGCCUCAGACCAAAUAUGAAAUUCACUCUUCAUCAAAAAAUAAUUAAGAUCCAUAUCCAUAUCCAUAUUUGAUGCCAUGUAUCAGUAAUUUAUCACAAAGGAAAACGAUAGAAUACAUUGCGAUAUCAAUAUUUUGCCACACCACUAAAUAAAAAUCAAGCUUAGGUCAGUGUUUCUCAAUUUUGCAUUGAAUAAUUCACGUUGGAUUUUGCUCACAAUGUGAUGUAACAGUGAUGUCGAUUCAUCCUUAGGAAAAGUUAGAUUUAAUAGUUUGAUUUAAUGAACAGUCAAUGCAGUAAAGCAUAGUAGUUUUAUAUCGUCGUUCUUUGACCUAGUAAAGUAUAAACAGAAAAGCAACUUCUCAGGAAAAGGACAUUAAAAAAAACGUCCAAACUUUUAAUGGACGUCAAUGUAAAAAAGAUUUUAGAUUUUGAAAUAAAAAAAAAAUCAUUUUAAAGUAUUCCUGUUGGCCAGUCCAUCAAAACUACUCAAGUCACAUGAAACCAGUUUCAAUUAGCCUUUAGACAAGUUCUACAUAAACGCUGGGCUAAAUUUAACCUCCCCGCCGCCUAUAACUCCAGUCCCGCCUGCAGUGCACUACAGAGAAUCAAUUGCUUCAUAAAUCUGACCCGGGCAGAAAUGAAACCAGUUCAAUGAAUGCUACAUCUGCAUGAUGUGUCGCUCAGUUUGAUGGAAAGCCAAAGCUCCGGCAGACUCAUAAACGUUUAUGCUGAUUGAAUAAGGAUUUAAAGCUGGAAGCAAACAUCUGAGAAUUGCUCUUUGGCAUUUGGGGCUGCUCUCAUUUGUGAAAUUGAAUUCUGAUUGGGACUUGGGCUAGUUUGAUUGGCUGCGCAGUCACAGAGCAAAGCAUGGUACGGCUUUCAUGUUGCAUUGCUUUAAAACCAAAGAACCUUAGGUUGAUUUAUCAGAUUAGCACUAUUGUGAAUGAUUUUGUUCUGUUUUAGGUCCUAUUAAACUGUUUAUAUUGACACUAAUGUACCGGAUUUUUCGCACUAUAAGGCGCACUAUCAAAAAUAUUCUUUUUUUUUGGUCUCUGUUCAUACAUAAGGCGCAUCGGAUACAGCAGAGACCUGUAAAGCUAAGCUAGCUAAACACAAAAAAAACAUUUUCUAUUGAAAUCAAUGAGCACUGGAUGUUAAUCUACACAGAUUUCUUUCCUGAAAACGGUUUAUUUGGGUGAGUUUUCAAGAUUUUCACAAAGGCUAGCCGCGGUUAGCUGCUAAUGCAGUGUUCUGGUAAGCCAGAAUGAUAUUAGCUAGCGGUUCUUUCCACGUAGCUUGUUUUAACACGGUAAACAUGCAGGCUACAGGCUGAUAAUACUCACCUCUGAACAAGGAAAAAGCUAGCGCUUAGCGCGGUUAACAGCUAAUGCUAAUGCUGCUCCAGUCUUGAUGCUGAAGAACUAAACUGAACCUCCUAAAUAAAGCUGUAUUCAAGCAGAGAGGCUUUACUGCUCUUUACAACCUGACUGGUAAAAUUCAUACAUAAGGAGCACCAGAUUCUAAGGUGCACUGACGAUUUUUGUAAAAUUUAAGUUUUUGGAUUUUAAGUGCACCUUGUAGUGCAAAAAAAUAUGUUACUUAAAAAUACAGUAAGAGUGAGGAACAGAAGGUUUAUUUGUUUCAGUAAUUAAUCAUAAAACACUAUUGAGAAUGUUUUGGUAUGCAUUUGCUUUAGUGCAUGUCGUGGAGUCCCACAGGGUUCUACUUUAGGGCCCAUAAAACUGAUGUUUACUAUAACAAUAAUGUAUUUGUAAGAGCUUGUGUCUGCCCUCACUUAAAUAAUUAUACAUUCUAAUUGUGACUUGGGCUACUUUGGUUGGCUGUGCCGUCACAGAGCAAACCAUGGUAUGGCCGGUAUGUUGCAUUGUUUUAAAACAAAGAAUGUUAUGUUUAUUUUAAUAGUUUUAAACACUAUUGGCAAUUAUUUGGUAUCCGUUUGCUUUAAUAUAGGUGGAGCACCACAGGGUUCUAUUUUAGGCCCUAUCAAACUGUUCAUCAUGACACUAACACUAACUGUUGUUGCGUCUUAAACCAAAUAAUGUUAGGUUUAUUUUUAAAUUUUAAACACUAUCAUCGAUUAUUUGGUAUCAGUUUGCUUUAAUAUAGGUUGAGUCCCAUAGGGUUCUAUUUUAGGCCCUAUCAAACUGUUUAUCAUGACACUAACACUAUCUAACAGUUCUUGCAUCUUAGAAAAUAAUCAUUAUUACUAUACAGACACUAUUAUAUUAUACGAUUUAUUAUUGAUUUGGUUUAGAAUAUCUUAUGGAAUCCCACAGGGUUCUAUUUUAGGGCCUAUGAAACUGUUUGCUGCUGCCCUUACUCACCUACCUUAGGAUUAUGUUUCGGUUAUUCAUUAUUAAUGCAGAAACUUGUGAUUAUUAUUUGGUAUCCGUUUGCUUAAGCAUAUCUUGUGGAGUCCCACAGGGUUCUAUCUUAGGGUCUAUGAAACUAAUGUUAAUCAUGACACUAAUCUACUUACAUAUAAGAGUAAAGAACUGAGGUGUGGGUUUACAUGCAAGGUCGAAGAGAUGAUCCAUCUAUCGCUAUCUAACGUGUUUUGCUGAUGCUUCAGUUUACAACGAUAUGUGGCAUUAAUUUUAGGGAGAUAGAUCUGCAGAUCUGCAUCUCUUUUUUAUGUGUUUACAAACAUUGAAGGACAUAAAACGUAAGAUGUGUUUAAAUUAUUCGCUAAAAGAGCUAGAAUCAUUUUUGCCAGUGUGUAUUCUUGUGUGUUGAAGUAAGAAACAAUGCAUUACUCAAUCUCAAUAUGCUGCAUUAGUGCAAUAGGGUCGAUUACCACAGAAUGUCAGUUUGUAAAGUUGAUUUAAGAACAGAAACUCUAUAGAGUUAAAAAAAAAACACUCUAAUAGGAGGUAAUGAGCAUAUGCUAAGAGCUGCACUAUCUCCCCUUAAAGGGGCACUAAACCCCCAUGAUUGAGCUGACUCCACCCUUUAGAAAAAGUCUUAAAAAAAUGGGAGAAGUAUUUUAGGAGAAGCACUGGAUGAUGUAUGGGUUUAGGUGAUGGUUGAGUGUCACGAGCAGGGCGGUAUUAUUGAUAAAUUGAUUUGCAUAUUGUGAUGUGUCCAUCAUCCUCCCUACAGCACUGUUCUGAAAAAAAAAACUUAAUUUUUAAUUUUAAAAUUAAAUUGUUUUUUUUUGAAGGUUAGGAAAUAGAAAAUUUAUAUAUUGUGUAUUUCACAACUUCAGAAGAAUACAUUUCAGCUAUUAAUGGAAAAAUAUAUAUAUGCUCUUUAAGACCUUUUUAAUGGCAGGUUUAAUGGUUUUCACACAGCAGAUUCCAAUUGCAUGCAGCGUUUGCUCAUUUACUGUAAUGUGGUCAUGGUUCUGGUACUACUACUCUGGUACUACUACAUGAUAUAUACUUAGCCAAGUUUAGCAAAGUUAAAAAAAUAAAGUUUUUAAAAUCUUAAUUUAUUACUGUACUCAACAUUUCUGCAAAUAUGUAAUAUUUUAUUGUAUCUUUUUAUGGGACAACCCUGGCGAGGCCAUUUCCGAGCUGUACUUUAGUUUGAGAAUGUUAGCAAACUUAUAUUUCCUCUAUAUUCUCAGAGAGUUGUUUGCCAUGAGGUGCCAUAUUGAUUAUCCAGUGGCCAGUAUGAGAGAACUGUACCCAAAACACCAAAUGUAACAGUCCUACUCUCUAUUCACACCUGUGACCUUGUUACUCUAACGAUUCAUAUAACACCAGGAAGGAACAACGGCACAAUUGGAGACUAAAUUUGUAGUGACUGGGAGAUUUGUAUUGCACCUUUUUUGGUCGCACACCACAUUUUUAUUUUUUUUUUGUGUAACACUGCAAUGCAUUUUCUCAUCAAUCACUAAAACUUACUAGGAUAUUUGAACUUUUGCACCAAUUUUCUAUUCAUAAUACUGCUAAACUGAUAUUACAAACUUUUUUUUUUACUCUAUCCAAUUGGAACAAUAGUAUCUAACAACAGAGUACAACACUUCUGACACCAAUUUUGUACCAUUUAAAAUCGAUAAGAGUUUUUUAAACAAUCAAUACAGUAUUGCAAAACUAAAUAUUGCGAUACUUUGAUAUAUUGAUAUUUUAUAACACUCCUGAAAAGCUAAAAAGGUGAAAGAUGUUUUGUUUUUGGACAGUUAGGCUUGCUGUUAUAGGGCUGAUGAUUUUAUUUGAAUAUUACAGUAUUUCAGAUUCCUUCAUUGUAAGAUUGAUUCUGUGCGUUUCGCCGAGGACGUGUAAAAAUAGCACAGUGGUAAGCAGAGCAUGAACAGCGCCGCAGGGAAUUUAUUAAUAGGGCUGCGUUUCCGUGCCGCAGACGCUGCUGCGCUGUUCCCUGUGAGGUUUAUGGAUCAGGCCUAAUUGGUUCUCUGUUCUUUAUGCUGUAGAGUGAAAUGACUGUCUGUGGUAAUUGACUGUAUAAAAACUAAUGCAGCUUAUAGAGACUAGGUUUAAAGAUCAUAUUGCUUUGGCUGCUUCUAUAUAUUCUUUACCUUGGUGGUAACAUUCCAGGUAUACCACAGAACACAUAGGGUCAAAGGGUUUCAUUAUUAUCCAGUGGAAAAACAUGUAUCUCCAAAACAGUAGUUUUACAGGCGAGAGAUAAAACUUUUUAAACUUUCAGUGGAAGUCAGUGUAAAAGAGUUUAUUUCAGCUCAUUUUGGAGGAUUUCUAUUGGUUAAUUCAUCAAGAACUUUUUUCCUUCAAAGCUUUCAUUGUGGCAAGCUGCUUUGGGCUUUAGCUAAUUAUACAGCUCUGGAAAAAAAUAUAAGGGAGCACUUCAGUUUCUGAAUUAGUUUAUCUGAUUUUGCUAUUUAUAGGUAAAAGUUUUAGUAAAAUGAACAUUGUUGAUUUAUUCUAUAAACUACGUUAAACAACAUUUCUCCCAAAUUCCAAAUACAAAUAUUGUCAUUUAGAGCAUUUAUUUGCAGAAAAUGAGAAAUGGCUUAAAUAACAAAAUGAGAAGAACAAGAUGCAGAGCUUUCAGACCUUAAAUAAUGCAAAAACAAACAAAAAAAAAACAAGUUCACAUUCAUAAAGUCUUAGGAGUCCAGAAAUCAAUAUUUGGUGGAAUAAUCCUGGUUUUUAAUCACAGUUUUCUUUAUGCGUCAUGUUCUUCUCCACCAGUCUUACACACUGCUUUUGGAUAACUCUAUGCCUGCACUCCUGGUGUAAAAAUUCAAGCAGUUCAGUUUGGUUUGAUGAUCAGCUUGUGAUCAUCCAUCUCUUGAUUGUAUUAGAGAGGUUUUCAAUUUGGUAAAAUCAAAGAAUCUCAUCAUUUUUUCCCAGAGCUGUAUAUGUAAAUAGAUAAAGUUAUUAAAUACAAUUAUAUGUACUAUUCAGAUGUUAGCAAAGUAGUAAUGCACCUAAUGUUCUGUCAGGAAAAAAAAACUUUUAGACUAAUAGAAUAACUUAUACUGAACAAUAUUGUGCUUUCUUGGUGUGUCUGCUUGGAUGUUAAAAACUCCUAUAUUUUAUUAUGGACUGUAUAAUUUAUGCAAUGGAGAAAAAGUGCCAAAAUCUAAUGAAAACCUGUGAAAAAUGUGUUUAUUAUUCGAUAUUCUGCCGUUGGACAGAAAUCUCAUUUUGCUGUAUCUCUAUUGUUAAGCUUGACCAAAUAAAUCUAAUUCUAUUCUAUUGUGCACUAUUAUACAAAAGGGAAAACACCAAAGUGCUUUAAAUAAAGAUGUAAACGUAAUAACUUAACCCAUAUGAGCUGCUGUAACUGAUAUCUGUCUAUCUGCCUUAAUGAGGACCAUUCAUGCCUUUCACAAUAAUAAAAACAAUAAUAAAAUAAA